AUGUGUACAAUUGUCAAACUCGAUCCAACUGAUAUAUCAAUGCAUUUGAAGCGUAUUCAACACAUUGAACAAUAUGGCAUACGGAAACAGUAUAUAUCAAGCUUAAAUUCCUUAUUAUUGGCACUGAAUCCGACCGAAAAUGAAGAACAAAAGCCACUUUAUCUAGAAAAAUAUCGAAUUCUUAUUCAGGAAAUACUGGUGUCCGAUCAAAAAGAAACAGAAUUACAAGAUCUUUUAUAUAAAGGUUUACAUGAUUUAGGCAAAGAUUUUCCUAUUGAAUAUAUAGAGCGCCUUUUACAUGUUCAAUACAAUAUGAAAUCAUAUCCAGAAAUGAUCAAAAACAUGAUCAAUUUUACUGGUAUACAUCUGUUAAAAUAUGACACAGAAUUAGAAUUACCAGUUGAUAUUACCGAUCUAGAUAAUCUCAAAGAUGCGGAUUUUUUAGUUCCUGAUUUUUAUCGUACUGAUUAUUUUGGCAUGUUUCUUGUUGGUAUUAUUGAUAUGGGAUGUAUGACCAUUGCGUUGCGUUUAUUACCAUCAUAUAUAUCGAUAAUUCGUUCUACUGAUCAACAAUUAUGUCUUGAUUUGAUGUCAUCAUUUUCGUCACAUGGUCAAUUACAAUAUGCUUGUCAAUUAUUUGAACAUCUAUCUUGUUUAACAAAAUUAUCUGCUCAAGCAUGGUUCAGUUAUUCUGAAUGGUUAACAUCUUUAUCUAAAUUACAUGAAGCAUACGAUGCAUUAGAACGAACAUUACAACUUGAUCCUCAACAUAAUGAAGCACGUUUAUCAUUAUCAGCACUUCAAAAACAAAUUGGACUUGAUGAACAAAGUCGUCAUACAUUUUCUGAACUUGUACGUCCUAAAAGUGAAUAUUUUACUCAAAAUAUUCAUGAUGAGGAUGAUGAUGAGGAUGAUGAUGAUGUUACAAUUCAUCAGCAAAAUGAACUAACAACAACAACUACAACAAGUACAUUACUAUUGAAUGAUGAUGAUCAAGAUAUAACAGUUGAGAAAAUUCAUUUUUUAACUGAACGUUGUAUAACAUUGUACGAUGAUAAUGAACUAUCAUCAUUUAUUCCAAGUGCUAUGCAAUUAUUUUUUGGUUCUCUAAAAUUUCUAUUAAAUAUUGAUAUAUCAAAACGUUUAAUUAAUUGUGGUACAAGAGCAAGACGAUUAGAAUUAAUUCAAAAAUUAGUAGAUGAAAAACGUAUUAUUUUAAAUACAUCAUUUACAAGAAUAAAUGUAAUAUUAAAAAAUCGUAUUAUUGAUUUAUAUGGAAAAUUUUGUGAUGUUUUAAUUAAAAUAAAACGUUAUGAUUUAUUAUUACAAGUAUCAGCAGCUGGUACUGUUAUUCCACUAUUGUAUGCACGUAUAGAUUGGUUAAUUUUAACAGAAUUUAUUUUAUUUAUUAGUCUAAUUUUACAGCAAAAUGGUGAUCUAGCAUUUCAAACAUGUCGUGAAAUAUUUCGUUAUUAUAGUAAAUCAUCUGUUAUUCAAAAUUUAUUUGCUUUAACAUCAACAAUUACACCAUCAAUUAGAAUACAUAAAUUUUGUAUACGUUCAUUACAAAAAAAUCCACAUUCAAAAAUAUUACAAUAUAUUUUGGGAAAUUUUGCACUUAUUGGUGGUACCUAUCGUUUAGCAAUUAUAUAUUAUAUGAAACUUUAUAAAACUAUCCCGAACGAACCAUUAGUAUCAUUAUUAUUAUCAAUUACAUUUGCUCAUAUAACAUGUCAAAAAUAUUCAUAUAAUAAACAUCAACGUGUACUACAUUCAUUAACAUUUCUUAAACAAUAUCGAAAUCUUCGAGGAGAAUGUACAGAAACAUUUUAUAAUAUUGGACGUUUGAUGCAUUUUUUAUCAUUAUAUCAUGCAGCUGCUUAUUUUUAUCAUAAAUGUCUUGAAACAUCAUCACCGGUAGAAAAUGAAAAUUAUGAACAAAAUGAUGUAUUUACAUUAAAAUAUCAUGCUGCUUAUAAUUUAGCAUUGAUAUAUAAACGAAGUAAUAAUGAAAAAUUUGCAAGAAAUAUUAUUAGAACUUAUAUGACAAUUUAA